AUGGAUCGUCUGGCCUCGAAACAAAAGGCUGCUCGGGUGCAACUAACUUCGGCUGAAAUCCAACUUAGAGCGGCAAAGGAGAGGGCCGAGGUUCAGACCAAAAAGGUUGAGCAGCUCCAAUCCCGGUUAGGUUCGAUUGUCUCAGAUCGAGAAAAUCUCGCCAAGGAGCUUAAAACAGCCAAGUUAGAGGUCGUUGUGGUCCAAGCCGAUGCUGAUGAAAUGGUGGCUCGGUACAAGGCUGAUGCCGAGGCGGCUCAGGACCUUGUAAAAAACGUAGUUGAGCAUAUGAAGUUGUUAUCCCGAAGGGAGGCCCUCGAGGAAGUUCACGCUCAGGGUUUUGAUUUAUCGGCUAAGAUCGAGAAUGCCAAGGUGCUCGAAGCUGAGGCGAGGAAGCUGGCCUAUCCCGAGGAGGACGAUUCUGAGGACUCAAGCAGGUCCAAGAGUGGAGAAGACUCCGGGAAUCCCAGUGACGAGGUGGGCUCUGGCCAAGAUUAG